CAAAGUCAAACUUAAAAAGCAAAAUAUAUAUAAAAUAAACACAAAAAUAAGAAACGAGAAAAAAAAAAAAACUCAGAAAGUGGAGUAUUUGCUUUUGGAAAGGAUCUUCAUUUGAAUAAAAUGAACCAAACGUGUAAGGUGUGUGGCGAGCCAGCGGCGGGCUUCCAUUUUGGUGCUUUCACUUGCGAAGGCUGCAAGUCAUUUUUUGGUCGCUCUUACAACAAUCUUUCGUCAAUAAGCGAAUGUAAAAAUAAUGGUAAAUGCAUUAUAGAUAAAAAGAAUCGCACUACAUGUAAAGCCUGCCGUCUACGAAAAUGCUACAACGUAGGCAUGUCUAAAGGCGGUUCACGUUACGGCCGACGCUCAAAUUGGUUUAAGAUACACUGUUUGUUGCAGGAACAACAACAGCAGGCAUUAGAAGCGGCUAGCAAAGGCGCCACAACAGGAGGAGCAGGAAAUAUAAAUGUGGCUGGGUCCGCGGUAGCGCCAUUCGCUGAUAUGGCAGCAGCAGCACAAAUGCAUCAGCGUUCAUCACAUUUGCCGCCGCCUUCAUUAGGUUAUGCGAGCUAUUUGCCAGAAAUGACUGCAGGGCCAUUCAUGUCUGCAGCUGCUUUACCUUUCUUCAGUAUGAUGAACUCUCUGCCGUCGAUGAGCGGGCAUGGAGCGCCACCACCAUCGGCUUUUCAAGUACCCUCGCAUUUACUUUUUCCUACUUAUCAUCCUGCGGCGACAGUAGCGGCGGCGGACGUUGCAUAUCGUAAUGAGAUGUAUAAGCAUCGUCAGUCAAUAGACUCAUCUAAUUCAAUGGAAUCGUCACAUUUUUCACCCUCGAAUAAUUGCAAUAACAAUCAGUCGGCAAAUCCGUUAACGCCUGAAUCAACAGAGACCCCUUCGCAUCCUGAAUCUGGCCGCGAAUCACCAGAAUUAUGCGUUUCUGGUGAUGACGAAGAAGAACGACAGAUAAAAUCUUCUGCGCCGUCCCCUAUAACUUCAUCAUUGGCCUCGUCUCGCACGCAUUCGAGUCACACUGUGCACAGUCCGAUCGCAAUAAGAGCUUCACCAUUGCAACAAAGCCAGGAGCCGCCAUUCGUUCGCAAAUUGCAAUCGCUCUCGCCCGUAUCCGUGUGCUCGAUAAGUCACGAAUCAUCGAAUAACAUUAACAAAGAAAAUCAGUCAACGUCCACGCUUCAUCAAGAGACACCUAUCGAUUUAAGUAUGAAAACAUCGCGCAGCUCAUUGCAAAGCGAUACGGAUUUGUUAAGUGAGACUAGUGAGGAGGAACGACAACUCGGUAUAAGACGUAAAUUCUAUCAUUUGAAUACCGAAUCCGAAAUAUCGGAAAGUUCUCUAAGCUCUGCUUCCGAUAUUGAAGCCGGUAAAAGACAAAAAUUGGAAGACACAAGCGUUUUGCAUCAACGUUUCAACGGUCAUAAUACAAAUGUCAUGCACGGUAUAUUCGUUUGUGUGUAAAAUAGUGAAUGUGAAGCAGAUCACAAGCAAUUUCCGUCUUAGUCAAUGCAAUUAUUUUCUUAGUUGAAAUCCCACCUGACUUUUGAAAGCUAUGAACAAGAAAGCGAAGAAGAAAAACAAACAAAAAAUAAAACUAAAAAAAAUUAGAA